AAAGGAAUAUCACUUUCCCGGACUAUCUGGAAUCCGUUAACGCCCUAAACCCAGCAACCUCCACAGUGGAGGCAGAAUGUCCCAGUUUCUGCUCCAGCUCCAGCAUCUUCAAACGCUCACUAAACCCAGCAAACUCCAAUUCGUACCCAGCACUUGCUUCUCUCACCAUCCGAACCUCACUCUCAAGUUUCCCCCCAACCACACCAAACCCAGCAAACUCCACCUCUCUCUCCGCCCCCUUCUUCCCGCCACCGCUCGAUCCCCCAUAAUAGUCUGCAAAUCCAACGGCUCAGACAGCCUAGACUUAGAUGUUCUAUCACGGCCAGAAGAGCGAGGGAAGCCGCACCGACGCGCCAACGGAAUAUUCUGGAUUAUACUUGCUAACAUUGGGAUUUACUUAGCUGAUCAUGUGUUCCAGGUUCGCGCGAUUAAAAUGCUCUACUUGUACCACAAUUGGCCUACAUGGUACCAGUUUCUAACAGCAACAUUCUGUCAUGCUAAUUGGAGCCAUCUCUCGAGCAACCUCUUCUUCUUGUAUAUUUUUGGUAAGCUAGUUGAAGAAGAGGAAGGGAAUUUUGCUCUGUGGCUUUGUUAUAUUCUUACCGGUGUUGGAGCAAACCUUGUAUCGUGGCUUGUUCUACCACGAAAUGCAGUUUCAGUUGGAGCCUCUGGUGCUGUUUUCGGAUUAUUUACCAUUAGUGUGCUUGUAAAGAUGUCUUGGGACUGGAGGAAGAUCCUUGAAGUGCUUAUAUUGGGCCAAUUUGUUGUAGAAAAGGUUAUGGAAGCAGCCCAAGCUUCUACUGCAUUAUCGGGCACCUUUGGCAGAAAUUCGUUGAUGAAUGUCAAUCACAUUGCCCAUCUCUCAGGUGCUCUUGUUGGUGUUUUUCUGGUAUGGAUUCUCAGCAAGGUUCCUUCUGAACCCCCAUCACAAGAAGGAUCGAAUUUCCAAAGCAAAGCAGGCAGAACUCGGUUAUAAUUUGCUAUCGAAACCACACUAUGUGCUUUUGCAGCAGUUAAUAUCCUGCUCACCAUUGUGCUCUAUAUUUUGUUGACCAUGUGUACAUUAUUCUGAUGCUAAUUGAUUCAAUACAAAAAGGAUAGAAAUUUCCCCAAUUGGGUCAA